AUGGGGCCUCGAGGUGCGCAUCUCCUGGCAGUGAUCCUCAUCUUAGGGCUGUAUGCUCUGGUGGAAGGCCAGAAACCUUCCCCCUGCCGGUGCUCUAGGGUGACACCCUCCAACAGGAAGAACUGUGGCUUCCCCGACAUCACCAGUGACCAGUGCUUCGACAUGGGAUGCUGCUUUGACUCUAGCAUCGGUGGGGUCCCCUGGUGUUUCUACCCACUUCCAAACCAAGCAUCUGAGCAGUGUGUCAUGGAAGCGUCAGCUCGAGAGAACUGUGGGUACCCAGGCAUCAGCCCCGAGGAGUGCGCCUCUCGAGACUGCUGCUUCUCCGACUUGAUCUUUCAGGUGCCCUGGUGCUUCUUCCCAGAGUCUGUGGAAGACUGUCAUUACUGAGAGGUACCAGGGCCGAGCCACUGGCUCCCAGGAGCUGCAAGCCAGAAGAGGAGAGCCUCAACCAGACUCCAGCAACUUCUGGGCUUUCUUGGACUGUCUUGAC